AGGAUAUCUUCCGCCUUCUCGACAGUGAUCUCUUUUUCUCCUCCGGGAACGCCAUCGAAGCCAAGGUCGCGUCUGUUUAUCCUGCGUCUGUCCAGAAGUCUGUCGCAUCUGCUUGAGGAGCUCCAUAUUAAAGCAGGAAUGGAAAAGAAAUUUCUCCGAAAUCGCAUUAAUGGCCAAGAUUUGGAUUGGUGAACAGGAGCAAUGAAGCAUUAGUGAAGAAGUUACAUGUAUGAAGAAGGAAUAAAAGCUGUGAUGACAGAUCAAGGCAAAAUGAUGAGUCAGGAGGAGGAUCUGUCACCUGACAUCAAGGAUUGGAGUAAGCAUCAAGUGAGAGAAUGGGCUCUCAAAGUGGAUGGUGUGGACAACAUAGUUGCUGAAAUACUCUUUAAGCAGGACAUUUCUGGGCAUGCUCUUUUGCUUUUAGAUACAACAGACUUAAGCAAAAUGAAUGUAACUUUUGGACCAGCAAAACUUAUUAUUCAUGCCAGAGAUGAAGUCAUGAAACUGAGGAAAGAGGGGGCAAGCUCUCUAACAAGCUCUACAAAUCAGCCUGGAAGACCAUGCAAGCCCUAUCCAUUUUGUAGGUACCAUGAUGCAGAUAGAUACAUGGAAAACAGCAUUCUUGAUAUUACAGAAUCAGGUGCCUCAGACUUGAUUGAACCCUGCCAUGAGUAUAAAGCUUUUAUCAAUACAACAGAUGAAACAAAAAUGAGCAAGUUCACUGAUGAGGUUAUUCGCUUUGCUGCUGCUUGUAUGAAUAGCCGCACUAACGGCACUAUACAUUUUGGAAUAGGGGAUGAGCCAGACUUCACUCAUGGUCAAGUGUUGGGAGUGGUUGUGAAGGACAAAGAGGCUUAUGCAAAUAAAUUAAAAUCUGCCAUUGAUCAGUGUUUUGAGUACAAACACAAACAGACUGCUCAAACUUGCAUCAAACCUCCUCGAUUUGUUGGGGUUCUCAAUAAGAACAUGACAUCAUCUGACAAAUGUGUGAUAGAAGUGGACAUAGUUCCUGACUCUACAAUCUGUGAAGAAAAUAUCUAUCACACUUUAAACAUGGGCACAAAAAAAGCCAAGAAAAAAGUAAAAUAUAAAGAAACAGUUGAAAAUGAAACAAAACAGUCAAAGCAAUUCUUUGUUAGAGAUGGUGGUAGCAGCAGGGAUCUCCUUGCGCCAGUCACAUUUGCCAAACCUAUGGAGGAGUACAGCAAGUUUAUUGACAGUAUGAAACAACGCUCACAACUUCGAAAAGAAGCUGAAGAGAAACACCUCAGUGUGAUAAAAAGCAGCACCCAAGGCUCUAGAUUAAGUAAGAUGAUAACCGGUGGAUCUUUCUCUUUAGAUAAAUCACACUUUGAGCAGUAUGUGAUAGUGACAAACAAAGCACAUUCAAGCCAGUUUGAUUCUCUAGGGUUUCUUGUAGAACUCAACCCAACAGCAGUUUUGGACUUUGAUCCAGAAUCAGCUAAACAUGGAUUACAGUCUCACUUCGAACAGCAGAGUGCAGUAAGUGUCCAUUUACCAGCACAGUAUAAAAUAACAGAGCGAAUUGAGGACAUUGCCCACAAAUUGAAAUUAACCCGAAACACCAGUUGGGUUUUCUGCAAUGGUGGUAUUGAGGAUGAGGCACCCUCAGACAUAGACCAGUGGUUGAUGGACAAGGGAGCCUCCAUUCGAGAUGUGAUUUCCUUCUUGUGUCGGAAAGAUGUGCUUCCAAACAAGAGAUUCCUGGUCAUUUUUGUACUUUGGUCAACAGUGAGUGAGAAAAUUGAUCCUCUCGUUGAGACUUUCAGUACAUUCUGGCAGGAGCUCAGAGGCACAGAGCAAAUCCUUUGUAUAUGUGACAAUGAAAAGGCAUUUACCUCCUGGAAAGACCUAAUUGAAGCUCGGUGUGGAAUCAACAUCUCUGGUAGAUGUAUAUAUGAGCUUAAUUUUGCUGAAGUGAAUGGCACUAUCCUUAGCCUUUUGUCAAAAAACCGUAGAUCCAACCGUUUCCUACCCUGUGGUGGGGGAAGCAGAGUUCUUCUUGAGAAAAAAGUGGAGCGUAGCUUGAAUACCUUAGAGGUCUUGUGUGUGAACCAAUGUGAAGGUGGAGAUGAGGACAGGAUUGUCAAAGAGGAGAACUUCUACAGAGGAGGAAAAGUAUCAUGGUGGAAUUUCUAUUUCUCAGAGCAGCCUGGAUCCACACCAUUCAUCAAACGAGACCAGUUUGACUACAUCAUGAACACAGUCAUACCAGAUUUGUGUUCUCUAAGAAAAGCCUGCGUGUUGUUUAAUCUCAUCCAUGUGCCUGGAUGUGGUGGGACAACUUUGGCCAUGCAUACUUUGUGGGCUCUCCGGGACAGAUUCCGUUGUGCUGUCCUCAGAGACAGCAAUGCAGACUUUGCUGAAGUAGCUGAUCAAGUGGUCAAACUUUUAACAUAUGACCAUGAGGAGAAAUUACCACGGGUGCCUGUUUUGUUGAUGAUAGAUGACUUUGAUGAUAUGGAAAAAGUAGUUGACUUGCAGCAACUAAUUGAAAAAGAAUGUGCGAAGAACGACAUUCAGUCUAAGUCUGCACAGGUACUUCUCCUGAACUGUAUGAGGUCAGAGUCCUCUGAGACAACUGAACCAACUGGAGACACUGUACACAUUGGAAAUAAGCUCUCCGAGACAGAGCAGAAACUGUUUGAGGAGAAACUUGUAGAAAUAGAGAAAACACAUAAGAAUGCGGACACGUUCUAUGGUUUCAUGAUCAUGAAAAGAACUUUAAGCCAGAGUAUAUUCAAGGUGUUGUCCGCAACACUCUGAAGAGCUUCAACAUGA